AAUAUCUAAAAUCCCCUUUCUCAUUCCAUUCCCAAUUUCCACCUGAAUCCUAAACCUAAAACCUCACCUCCCAAACCAAUCUCCGAUCAUGGCCACCGAAACCGAAGCACACCCCCAACAAUUGGAUGAGAACAAGGAAGAGCAGCAAGAGCAACAAUUCAAGUACCUUGAAUUCGUGCAAUUCGCGACCAUUCAAGCCCUGGUGCGUUGCGCUAUCCUCUACGGUUACGCCAAGGAACGCACCGGUCCUCUCAAGCCUGGCGUCGAUACCGUCGAGGAAGCGGUGAAGACCGUCGUCGCCCCUGUCUACGACAAGUUCCACCUUGUCCCCGUCGAGCUUCUCAAGUACGUCGAUCGCAAGGUUGACGAGUCUGUUAUUGAGUUGGACCGCCACGUCCCAAGCAAUGUCAAGAAGGUCUCCUCCCAGGCUUGCUCCGUCGUCUCAGAAGUCCGCCGCACCGGCGUAGUUGACGCCGCCUCCGGCUUCGCCAAGACCGUUUACUCCAAGUGCGAACCCAAGGCGGAGCAAUGUGCCGUGUCGGCGUGGAGGAGGCUGAACCAGUUGCCUCUGUUCCCUCAGGUGGCCAACACCGUCUUGCCCAAGGCGGCGUACUGUACGGAGAAGUAUAACGAGGCGGUUGUUAGUUACGCCGAGAAAGGUUACAGGGUUCCUGCGUAUCUCCCCUUGGUGCCUACUGAGAAGAUAGCCAAGGUCUUCAAUGAUAAUUGAUCUGCAUUUUGAAGAUCCUCCCCGUGCAAUGUUUGUUUUGUCUCCUUUCUAAUUUAUUUAUUUUUUGGUUUUUACUUUCUAAACAAAAAAAAAAGUGUUGUUAGUCGGUGCAGGAUACGAGCUAUUAUUUCAUGGUCCGGAGCAAGGUGAUUCUGGCCAAAAAUGAAAAAAAAAAAAAAAAGAUAGAGGGGGAAAUAUAAAAAAAGAGAGGGAUCUAAGAGUAUUUUUUUUACCAAAAAAAAAAAAGGACCAAAAAAAGAAAAAGGAGCAUGAAAAAUUUGAUGGGCCCGAUGUAUAAUAAAAAUUUCCGUAGGAUACACCCGUUCUUGCUUUUUCUUUUUACAUAUGAAUGUGUUAUGGAUUAUUAAUUAAUAUUAUUUGAUAUUUGUUAUUUGUUUUCGUUAGUGUUGUAAUGAAUUAUUUGUUGUUCCUUUUUAGGGUGACUACAUUAA